AUGGGGUUUUCUUUGGCUUUUAAAGAGACAGAACAAGAUACAAGGUUUUUAGGUUCCAACAACAACAAUUCUAUGAUCAUGGCUUCUUCUAAUGUUGUUAAGAGCAUAACAAGUUCAUCAGCAUCUCAACUUGAAUCACUCUCUCAACAACAACAAAAUCAUUAUCAUGAUCUUCAUCAUCAUCAACAGCAUCAGCAGCAACAACAAUAUCAUCAAGAGCAGCAGCAACAACAGCAUCAUCAUAUGCAUGAUGAUAAUCAAAUUUCUUUUGGAAUGAUGCCAUCUUCAUCUUCAUCGUCUAUCCCUGGGAACUACUUAAGCAAAGAUCCAAGUGCUUUUGAUUUAGGUGAAUUGGAUCAAGCUUUUUUCUUGUAUCUGGAUGGACAAUCACAAACCCAAGCUGAUCCUUCUACUCUUCAAGAUCAAGGACAGAAUUCAUCAUCAUCAGGAAUGAGGCCACCACCAACUCUUAACAUUUUCCCAUCUCAACCAAUGCAUGUACCACCACCACCCUCUAAUUCAAAGGCUAGCAUGGGAUUAACUUCUCCACAAACAAGUGGUUCCAAAAAAAUAUCUCAACCCACCAUGGAGUUGGCAAACCAACGAAAUCAAACCCCUUCUGCACCUGCACCACCAAAACCUGUCAAGAGAGAGAAUAAUAGGAGGGGUACAACUUCAAGUUCUGAACAUGAAGGACCAAAAACACCAGAUCCUAAGACUCUGAGAAGACUUGCUCAGAAUAGAGAGGCAGCAAGGAAAAGCAGGCUAAGGAAAAAGGCUUAUGUUCAGCAGCUAGAAUCAAGUAGGAUUAAGCUUAAUCAGCUUGAACAAGAAUUACAGCGUGCUAGAGCUCAAGGCGGCUUAAUGGGUGGAGGUGCAAUUUUGGAAGGAGAUCAUGGCAUACCAAUUUCUAUGAACAACGUUACCUCAGAGGCUACAAUGUUUGAUGUGGAAUAUGGGAGAUGGUUAGAGGAGCACAAUAGGCUUGUAUGUGAACUAAGAGCAGCAGUAGAUGAACACUUGCAUGAAAAUGAGCUUAGGUUAUAUGUGGAAAAUUGCUUGGCUCACUAUGAUCAAGUAAUUAACCUCAAAAACAUUCUAGCUAGAACAGAUGUUUUUCAUCUCGUUUUCGGAAUGUGGAAAACACCGGCCGAACGUUGCUUCAUGUGGAUCGGCGGAUUCAGACCAUCUGAACUCAUUAAGAUAAGUGCAAGUCAAAUUAAGCCUCUUACUGAGCAUCAAAUCCUUGGAAUGUGUGGGUUGCAACAAUCAACACAAGAAGCAGAAGAAGCUCUUUCCCAAGGGCUUGAUGCACUCAACCAAUCACUUUCAGAGACCAUAACCUCACACUCAUUGAGCCAUCCACCUAUCAUGGCUAACUACAUGGGACAAAUGGCUCUUGCCAUGAACAAGCUUUCAACUCUUGAAAGUUUUGUGAGACAGGCAGAUAAUCUGAGGCACCAAACAAUUCACCGUCUUCAUCAGCUGUUAACAAUUCGUCAAGCUGCAAGGUGUUUGGUUGCAAUGUCUGAGUAUUUUAAUCGACUUCGGGCAUUGAGUACUCUCUGGUUGACCCGCCCUCGCCAAGAAUAG